AUGCAUGAUGAUCAGUAUUGCAUUGCGUACAAGUUUUUGGAGGCUAGUGAAACAUUCCGAGAGGCCGACAACCUAGAACCAGUCACUCUUGCAACUCAUGCCACUUCCGAUAUGAUUGACGCCGUGGAAAACAUGCCUUCUCUAUGGGAUGGACCUAUUUCAAUUGGAAUUUUUGUUGAUUAUCACUCCAGUAAUGUACUUGAAUAUCUGGCUGAGAUCUACAGAUGUGAUAUCAGAUUCCGCAGAAAAGUAAACGAACUUCUCCGAAGCGCCAUCGUCGGUCCAUUUCAACUGUACCCUAGUAACCUAAUGAGAAAUAUUGCUCGGAAGGGAGCAUUAUCAGAUAUUCAAUUCAUCAUGGAUGGAGAUAUGAUUCCUAGCACGGAAUUCGCCAUUAAAAUCAAGCCAAUCGCUAACCAAUUCAUUGAUGGAAAAAGUAAACGGGUCCUGGUUGUUCGUAGAUUUGAGACAUCGAUUGGAGCAGAUAUUCCGAGAGAUCAUAGAAAGUUGUUGAAGUCGAAAAAGCUGCACAAAACAUUCGAAUUCCAUCAUCGAUUCUUCGCAGCUGGGCAUCACAUCGAGAACUUGGAUGAUUGGUUCCGAACAUCGAUUCAUACGGAUAUGGUGUCUACAAACGAGAUAACUUAUCCUGGUUACCUUUGGGAAGUACAAACAAUUAUCCAUCGGAAUGAUCCCUACAACGCUGACUAUUUCCCUUCCAGAAUCAAAGUGAUGCAUUCUUUAGUUUACGCACUCUGUCGUGCUGGUUACACAUUCCAUGUCCCCUCACACGUCUUUGAUGUUCAUGAAGGAAUCAAACACACCAACACGAUAUACUCGAAAGCAACUAUUGCUCACCAGGAAGCGUAUGCUAUGAAAACAGCUGGUGAUAGAUUUAUUAAAGAGAUGGAUGAGCAGUAUCCGGACACUUUACAAAAAUGCGGAGAGUUCUCAAUGAUCUAG